GAAUAUCUCUAUACUAUCUCGGAUUAUUGUAUUCUUGCUUGUUUUUCAAAUCGGAAUUAAAUGUUGUUAUAAAUAAGUAAAAAUCCGCUGUCCCUGAUGUCAGACAUACACCCUGCCGAUUUGUGUGCGACCGUAUAUUUCUUCCGUCCGUACAGUGACCUAUGAGAAGUCUGGUUCCACAACAGUUACCCCACAGUAACGACGAAUUGUUCAAUUAAAUGUGGUGGAUAUAUUUGCUACAUCAUUAAACGGAUAAACUGACAGUCAAAGACCACAAGUUACAGGCACAGCAGAUAUCAUUGUUUAUAAACUGUUUAUAACGCGUGGACAUGUGCUCUUCCAUCAAUUAGUAUGUCUAGGACAAACAGGAACAAGUAGCAAGCUAGGAUAGCUAACGUUACUGUUAGCUAGUUCAAACGAAAGUCUGAUAAAACGGGAUCUCACAAGCCAAAUGUACUAACUACGACAGCUCAAAUUAUAUAUUUGCGGUUGCAAGACAGUCAUGUUCCGCUUACACUUACAUAUCGGAUAUUAGCUGAAUUGACAGAGACAAGCGAUCACAGUGGUCUGUGUGAGGCUCGAGACAUUUAUCUCUAGCCAAGACCUGCAGUACCGAUAACUGCCAGUCUCCUUACCACCCAAGCCCCUUCUCCACUCAUCGUCUCACCCUGGGAACUGGAGCUUCUCUCUGCUGGGGGCUCUGUCUCGCUCAGGCUGAAGAGUGGUCCUACAUCCUGGUCUGCCUUAGCUUAACAGACACCAGGGCUGGGCCAGCUGUACCAAGAGGAACACAUACCACACUGACAGAGAGAAGGGCCACUGGACUACAGAGCUGACUACUCUGGAUCCUGGCCAUGAGGUUUGAUGCCACGCUCUACUGACGGGAGACACUGGACCUAAAUGGCGCAGCAUGACUUUGUUCCAGCCUGGCUUAACUUUUCCACGCCUCAGCCUGCCAAGUCUCUUGCAGCGUUUGAGAGGCACGGAGAGAAUCUUGCCCGCGGUGAUGCCCGGCCCGCUGUGAGCCGCCGCCGCCAUAACUCCUCAGACGGCUUCUUCAACAAUAGCCCUCUCAGAGCACCUGCAGGUGAUGGGUUGCACCAUCCCUCUCUCCUGCGGCAUGACUCUGUGGACUCAGGCGUGGCUAAGGGAGGGAAGGGGGGCCUGGGCAGCGGUCUCUGGGGGCAGGAGGGACCCCACCAUGGGCGCCACACCAAGCGCCCUGUGGGGGACAGGGACAGGGAGCAAGCAGGGCCCCACCGUCAGCGUAACGGGACCUUCCACCCCCGGAAAGGAGGCUUCCUGCCAGUUGAGGGAGGCCAUGAGGACAAGCUGAAGUUUGUGGAGGAGGAUUUUCCCUCACUCAAUCAAUCAGAGAGCAGUGGGAAGCCGGUGGCCCAGCCUCAUGCCGUAGGGACUCCUGUAGGAGUUUGGGAGCACCCCCCUAGUGCCAAGCAGACCAUAACUAAGAUGUUGGUCAUCAAGAAGGUUUCCAAGGAAGACCCUGGCGCUUCUUUCUCUGCUGGUUUCGCCAACACAACGGUGCCCCACCUAACCAACGGCACCAAAACCCCAAUCUCCUCAUCCAGUGUCUACAAGAACCUGGUGCCCAAGCCAGCUAUCACCCCAACCAAGGCUGGUCCCUGGAAGCCAAGCGGGAGAGAAACCAAAAGCAGUUUUAAUAUAUCCGGCUGGGACUCCGCCUUCACCAGCCCUGCUGCCUCUGUGAACAAACUUCUUACGCAUGUCACUCCCCCGACCUACGGCCCGACCUACGGAACCCCCAAGGAGCCUCCCUCCAGCAUCACCCCUCCCAUCGACGUCACCCUUCCUCGUCUGAAGCUGAUGCGUCGCAGCACCGACCGGAAGAGUGAGUUCCUGCGAGGCCUGAAGGAUGAUCGGAACUGGGACGGGCCCACCUCUACCAGUCCAUCAGAACCUAAGGAGAACAGAGGAGACUUAGAGGAGAAUGGGAUCCCUCACUCUCUCAGCGACUCAGACACAGAUCACCUUUCCAGCUCGUUGGAGGCAGAAUACAGGUUGCUCAAAGCUAUGGGCUGGCAGGAGUACCCAGAGAAUGAUGACAACUUUUUGCCCAUCACUGAUGCUGAGCUCCAAGAAUUUCAAGCUAAAACUGAGAAGCUGAAGAGGAACAGGCUGGUCCAGAACGGUGUUCUCCUGAAGCCUCUUUUCAAGGGGGCGCCCCUGCCCCUGCUGUCCUGGAGAAGCCCUGUAGAGCCUGAACUAGAAGAGGUCUCAGAGGCCGAGAGCACUAGCAGCAGCCAGACAGACGACGACACCUAACAUGGCUUUACACCCCUCCUCUUCUUAUUCCUCACGUCACGCUCAUUGCACUCGUCUGUUUUACACUUCUUCCUCGUUCACAAGAGACUGGUCAUACAGACACUGGUGUGACAGAGAGGGGUCAAAGGUCAUGCCUGAGGGUCUUCUUGGUUUUCCUUCUGCUUUUUCUUUCCUUUCUUUCUUUUUUUGACCCCUUUGUUUGGUCUUUUCCUAGAAGCUGAAAUGAUUAUUGAAAGCAAAACACAUCAGCAUUUUUCUUUUGAUUUUGUGAUGAAAGAAGCUAACCCAUGAUGUUGACAACAACCAAACCAAUAAUGAUUUUACUUGCAAAUGACUUCAUCGAUUGAUACUUAAUUUUGUUGAAAGAUGGCUUUGACACCUGCUCUUGCUGAAACAAUUUGUAGCAUUUGUGUUGAGAUGAAACAAUCAUUGUGAGCAGUUGAUAUUGACAUUGCUUCCAAUCCCCUAAAUAACCCUUCUGUAAGGAUUUAGGUUUGUUUUUUGUUUUGGUCCAUUUAAAGCCGACAAAUGGUAAUGCAUCUGUCUUAUUUGAACAGUGUAAGGCAUGCUUUUGCUCAUCAUUAUAUUUCUCCUAAGCGGUAGGAGAACAGUCAUUUACAGUUAUGGACCACCAUUACUUGUAUUGCACUACUGAUAGAUUGUAGCCAGUAAGGGCAUAAAGAAGAAUAAAACAACGUUCUGAAGUUAUGGAAAUGUCACUUUACCAAACUUAUUCUGGAGAAAAACUCAAUUAAUCCAUCGUAGCUGUUCAAGCUGAUUGUCUGUUCUUAGUUCACCAACCACCAUAAUUUUCAGAUGUUCAAAAUGCCAAGUUCUAUGGUUGAUAAAGAAUGUAAACGUACAGGCCCCCCCAAAUACUCCUGCUUCUUGUAUUAAGAUACAACCUGGUUUUCUUUCUUACAUGAGGGACUGCUUUUGAAAAUGAUGCAUUUACCAGAUUUAGAUUGCAACAAUUUUCCUGGCUGGUAGAAUGUUCAGCUGGCUUUAUCACAGAUUUAAGGCUCUUUGUUGUUGUUGUUUUUUUCUAAUUUGGUACAGCUGUAAAUCCCACAUAGAUAUUUCUUUUUUUUGCAUAUUGUUCUUGCAGCCUUGAUAUUCAGGGUGGAUUGUAAAAAAAAUACAAUACAAAUUGUGAGUUUUGAAAAAUGUAAGAUUAUUUUGAUAACAUUAUUUACAUAUUUUUAAAGAUAAGGUUUCCUGUAAUGGACUGUCUGUAUGAGAAAGAAACUACUGCAUCUUGGAAAAAUGUAAUUGUAAUAAAUAUUUUGCAUCGGUUUGCCAAA